AUAGAGUACUGGAAAGCACGGGAGUCUAAAUGGUCUCAUCUUACUAAAAUAGCAUAUAAUUUUCUUAGUAUUCCAGCUAUAAGCUCUGAGUACAAGCGAGUAUUUUCGUCUUAUACGAAACUAACUACUUCUGAGAGUUCUAGACUAUUAGGAAAGAGCUUAUGGCAUUACGAAUACUUAAAAAACUGGCAGAGGAGGGGGGUAAUUAUAAUGGAAACGUUUGGGGAUACUAUUAUUUUGAAGCUAGUUUAAAUAUAAUUUUCUGAGAUUUAUAUCUUCAACUAAUCAGCA